UCUACCUCACAGGUCACAAACCACUUGCCUUGCUUAGCGCCCGGCGGAGAUGGGGACGGCGGCAGCAGGCUGGCUCAUCGGCAAGGUGCUGAAUAUGCUGUCCGAUGACUUGGUGGCCGCAUACGUGGACAGCAAACAGCUCGGGCUCAACUCCGAGAAGAUCAAAGGUGAUCUCAUGCGUACACGUGGACUUUUGCAAGCCGCCCAGGCGAGGGGCAUGGGCGACAAUGAUGGUCUGCGUGAGCUGCUGCAGGCGCUCAACGCCAAAUCCCAUGAAGCUGAGGACGCACUGGAUGAGCUCCACUACUUCGUCGUCCAGGACCAGCUUGACGGCACCCGGUACGCGGUGCCAGAUCUUGGUGAUGGCCUAUCCGGUCUUCUUCAACAUGGUUGUCAUGCCGUUCGCCACACCAUUGCUCUGGCGGCCGCUUAGCCGCCCCCCGGACCGGGACGCCAUCGAUAGACUCCUCACCGACCUCCGUUCGUUGGCCUUCCGCCUGGCACCUCCGCUCCCGCCGCCACCCCCGGAGCCCGACUAGUGGAUGAUUCACUUCUGGCGCGUGUGCCUUUUUGGUUGUGUGUGUUGGGCUUGUUGAGCUGUGCCCUCAGCAAUACCCCUUGUUGCUUUCUUGUGCUUGGUCUUUGGGUGCGUGUGGACCUUGUGUUUGUGUGAACUUUGUGGUUGUGGCUUUGGCAUUGGCUUUAUCUAUAAAGCGGGGCGCGAGCCUAUUUCGGUAAAA